AUGACUGUGUGGAAAAAGCUUGAAAAUGAAGAAUGCUAUGCUGUUGCCGUGUACAACUACACGAGUGGCAGCCCCAGCCAUCUUCAGUUGGAAGUUGGGGAGUUGGUGCACAUUCUGGGCGAAACCCGCGACUGGUACUGGGGCACGAGUCUGCGUAGGGACGGCACUGGCGCCUUCCCCAAACGCUACGUGGUGAUACGAGACUGCACGGUCGACAGGUGCGGAGACACAGUGGUCGCGUCGGCAGGCGGCGGCGGAGUGGUGCACGACAUUGCAAUCACUCUCCGAGAGUGGCUCAAAGAUUGGAAGAGGCUGUAUAUAACGAACGAUGAACACUUCAAGUUCAUGGAGGUGAGCAUGCGCGCCCUGCUUGAGUUGAGGGCGCAGGCCGCUUCCUCGGCGCUACCCCAGGACCAGCUCAGGAAGGUGGCCAGGACCGCGAUAUUCACCAUCGACAAGGGCAACAGGGCCCUGGGGAUGGAGUUGGCGGUGCGCAACCCCGGCGGGCAGCUGGUGGACCCGCUGACCACCUCCACGUACAAGCUGAACGCGCUGCACGACGAGGCUAGCGCGCGACUCGACAAGAACAUGGAGGGCGCCACCGUCGCCAGCGGUGCAGGGGGCGGGUCCUCGCCGGGGGCGGGGGGCGGCGGGGGCGGGGCGGCGCGCGCCUACACGGUGGUGGUGCGCGUGCACAACUUCGUGUGCCGCCUUCCCGCCGGCGCGGAGCUGCUGCUGGCGCUGCACGACUCGGCCGGCGCCAAGAUCACGGAGCAGCUGCUGCUCCGGUGGCCGCUCCCCGCGCACUCGCCCCACCACCUCGUGUUCACGGACUUGGGAAGCGACAUAAAGAAGGAGAAGGUGUUCCUAGCGUGCCACGUGGUGCGAAUUGGUGCUAUGGAGCCACAGAACGUAGACAACAGACGCAGCUCGGUGGCAGCGGGCGCGGGGGUGGCAGGCGGUGGCGGGGCGGUGGCAGGGCGUGGCAUGCGGCGCCCCUUCGGCGUGGCGGCGGCCGACGUGACGCGCGCCCUGGCGGCGGACCUCGCGCACAAGGAGCUGCAGCUGCCCUUCUAUCCCUGUGAAAAGGAGAACAUGGAUACGUUAUUGAAGAAAAUAAUAUCGAACCGCGAGCUGAAAGACACGAAAAACCCAUUGGGGCUCUGGGUAUCGCUUCAGUUGAUCGAGGGCGAUUUGAAACAAGUGGUGGAGCAGAGCCCGCACCUGGUAGUGGGGCACGGGUUCGCGGCGCGCAAGCUGGGCUUCCCCGAGGUGAUCCUGCCGGGCGACGCGCGCAACGACCUCUACGUGACGCUCUGCGGCGGCGCCUUCAGCCGCGGCGGCGGCAAGUCCUCCGAGCGCAACGUCGAGCUCACGGCGCGCGUCGUCGACCGCCGGGGGCGCACCGUGCCGGGGGUGAUAUCGAUAGGAGCGGACCUCCCGCUGGUGAACGAAUACACGUCCCUCGUGUACUACCACGACGACAGGCCCCGGUGGCAGGAGGUCUUCAAGGUGUGCCUGGACAUCGAGGCGUUCAAGGAGGCGCACAUAGUGUUCCUGUGCCGGCACCGCAGCUCCAACGAGGCGAAGGAUCGCGCCGAGAAGUUCUUCGCUCUCUCCUACCUGCGGCUGAUGCAGCGCGAGGGCACCACCACGCCCGACAUGCAGCACAACCUCUGCGUCUACAAGAUCGAGCACAGGCGCGCGGGCGGCGAGGCGGAGGCGGAGGCGGCCGGCGUGUGCCUGGGGCUGCCCUCGCGGCGCGACGAGCUGCCGGCCGGCGCCGAGAAGGGGCUCACCAGGGGGCUGCUGGCGCUGCUGCCGCGCGACUCGCUCUGCGUCGCCACCAGGCUCUGCUCCACCAAGCUCACGCAGCGCGAGGAGAUCCUCGGCGUGCUGAAGUGGAGCACGCACCACGCGGCUGGCACGCUGCGCUCGGCGCUGGAGCGGCUGCUGCUGGUGCCCAGCGAGGAGCUCGUCAAGUUCCUGCAGGACAUCCUCGACGCGCUCUUCAGCAUACUCACCCAGGUGGAGGAGGAGCAGGAGGGCUACUCGGAGCGCAGCUACGGCGUCCUGGUGCUGGAGUGCCUCCUGAGGGUGGUCUCGCUGGUGGCCGACCACAAGUACCAGCACUUCCUGCCAGUGCUGCAUGUCUACAUCGACACCAGCUUCUGCGACGCCCUGGCCUACGAGAAGCUGCUGGCGGUGAUGGCGUGGGCGGUGCGCGCGGCGGACGGCGGCGAGGCGGCGCUGAAGCGGCUGCUGCUCUGCAUGAAGUGCCUGGAGAGCCUGCUGCGGCUGGUGGUGCGCAGCCGCCAGCUGGCCGCCGCGCUCGCCGACCGCCCCGGCCCCGCGCAGCCCUGCUACCGGCUCGAGGAGUUCCUGGAGUCGCUGGUGUGGCUGAUGCGGCGCGGCGAGCACGCGCUCACCUGCCAGGGCUCGGCGCUCAAGUACCUGCCGCACGCGGUGCCGCACGCCAUCCGCAUCUACCCGGAGGCCGAGCUCAGCGCGUACUGCGUGCGCGCGCUGGAGGCGCUGCCGCUGGGGCGGCUCAGCAAGCAGCGGCUGCUGGCGCUGCUGGAGCUGGCGCGCGGCCCCCUCGGCUCGGAGCCGGCCGCGCGCGCCCUGCUGCUGCCCCACCUCGCCGCCACGCUGCGCGCCCUGCUGCGCGCCUCCGCAGAGGUGCGCCCCGCUCGCCCGCUCACCCGCUCACUCACUCACCCGUUCACCCGCUCACUCGGUCACUCGCCCGCUCGUACGCGUCGCACUGUGCGGCGCCUCAUA